AUGGUGCUGUCGCUGAUCCUCAGUCUGGGCUUGGUCGCCAGCGCUACGGCGCUCGCGAUCCCACAGCCUCUUCGUUUUACCAAGGAGGGCACCUUCCAGCUGUCGGUGUUUUCUGAUCUUCACUAUGGCGAGGAACCUCGUCUGGGGCCCGCAGCAGACGUCAACUCAACGCGGGUGAUGAACGCUAUCCUGUCUGUGGAACACCCGCAGUUAGUCGUGCUUAAUGGCGACCUGAUCACGGGCGAGAACACUUAUCGGGAGAAUUCGAGUUGGUAUGUAGAUGAAAUUGUGGCGCCGCUCGUCGAGCGUGGUCUCCCAUGGGCAUCCACCUAUGGCAACCACGACAGAGACUACAACCUCUCGCGAGCAGAGAUCUUCGCUCGCGAGAAGAGGGACCCCAACAGCUUGACCCAGUACAUGGUCCCGGGCUUCAAUGCCGGUGUGUCGAAUUAUUACCUGCCCGUGUUCUCGUCCGAUGAGCAGAAGCAGACACCCGAGGUGAUCCUCUGGUUCUUCGAUAGCCGUGGCGGCAACUAUUUCCAGGAACUAGACAGUAAUGGGAACAAGGUCCCUCAACCUGGAUGGGUCGAUGAAUCGGAAGGAAAAGGAAACGAACAGUACGAGAGGAAAAAAAAGAGAGAGACGGAAACCGCAUUCGCGCAAAUGCCUGUGACCCGAAAGGAAGCUGACAGCGAUACUUUAGGUUGUCGACUGGUUCCUGCAAACAAAUGCAGAACUCACAAAACAAAUGAGGAGCAGCGCCGUGAGAAUAUCGAUCCAAAACUUCUCCUGGUUCCAAGUAUCUGGAACAAGGAUAUCGAGGCGAACAGUGCGAAGGACUUUCAUCCGAUUCUUCCUAACGAAGCGAACGACAAUCAGGAUGCAGAGAACGAGAUCGACAACUGGCUGGCCAAGAUCAAGGACAAUGCUGAAGAGAGGGAUGCGUUGUGGGAGCUUUUUUCAGCCAUCUUUCUCAACUGA